AUGGCUUCUUUUUCUUCUCUUCUUCUUUUGCUUUUGCUUAAUGUGCUCAUGACCUUCAAGACUGGUGAUGGUGGUGACAUGUCGAGCAUGGAAGAUGAUGAGCUUUCAGGGCUCUUUGAGGUAAUGGGUUCACUCUUAGAUGACCCGACAUGGGCCCAAGUGCACCCACAGCCGUGCACCGACACUCCAUGGCCUGGUGUUCAGUGUGAGCUUAUGGUUCAAGAAGAUGGCGAUGGUCAACAAGACUACAACCCUACAAUCUUUCAUGUAACCAAGAUUCAUAUUGGUACAGAUAUCCUCACACCACCCUGCAAACCCACUGCCACAUUGUCACAAAGAGGUUUGACCAAGCUUCCAUACCUGAAAACUCUCUCUCUCUUCAACUGUUUCACUCUGUCACCAUUCUCUCUCACUUCAUCUCUCUUUGAAAACAGCUCUUUAUCAGCUUUAGAACACCUAGCACUUGUCUCAAACCCUAGUCUCCAUGGGAGUAUCCCUUCAAGUUUAGGUCACAUUCAGAGCUUAAGGGUCCUCUCCCUUUCACAAAACAAGUUAACUGGUGAAAUCCCACAACAGAUUUGUGGGCUAGUGAAUCUACAACAGCUUGACCUGAGCUACAACCAACUCACUGGUUCAGUCCCUCAAGAAAUUGGAGGGUUAAAAAGUUUGACCAUUUUUGACCUUAGUUACAACAUGCUUGAAGGUCAACUGCCUUCUUCUUUUGGUCAACUUCAGUCCCUUCAAAAGAUUGAUCUGGGGUUCAAUGAUAUUACUGCUAGAGUACCUUGUCAUUCAAGACAAUCCUAUAAAUACAGCAACAGCCUCAAUGGGACAGUCCCUUCAGAUUUAGGGUCGCUCCCAAAUCUUGAACAGUUAAAUUUGAGCCAAAAUCAACUUAGUGGACAGAUGUUGGUCUCAGAAGAGUUCAUAAACAGGAUAGGGAUGAGGCUUGAUAUAAGAGGAAACAAUGGGCUUUGCAUAAAGAACAUUACGUCCACCGAUGUAAAAAGCUCUUCUUGUAUUAGUGCAAGAAGUAGGACUGGUGGAAACAAGAGCUCAUGGGAUGAAGGAGGAGAAUGCGGAAGGAUGAACUCAACUUUAUUCCAAAGCAAUCGGUGUCCGAGGAUUCACCAUGGGUAUGGUUUUUGGUUGGAUCUAGUGUUUUUGUUGAUGCUGUUUUUGUUAUUUUUCGUUUAG